UUUUUCGAUAUAUCAAAGCAAAUAACUCCUUUCGACAUGUUUAAGUUAUUUUUAACAAUAUUAUUUUAUUUUAAGUAAUAAUUUAUAUUGAAUUAAUUAGUCGGCUUAUGUUAUUCACUUCCGUUUCCUAGCAACAGUUCAUUGCAACGCGAAUUUUAAGCGAUUAGUUUAAUAGUGCUGCCGGUGCUGCCGGAUAAUCACGAAACCUGAGAUUUUAAAAAUAUUUAAAUGUAUUAAUCAAAGCUAUUAAACCGUGUCUUCGAAUGAAACCAUACAAAAAUGUAUGAAAAAACUUUCAAUUCCAAACAGCUUCCAUAAGCAAAACAUUUCUAACAACUAAUGCACUCGCUAUUUUGCAGUGCUGCCCAUUCUCAACUAUUUUCUGUAAUUUUGCAAUGGCAACAGCACCACGGCGGAGCUGUCAAUUUGACUUUUCACCUUUUCAAGCAGCGACGACGAGCGAACCAGCGAGCUUGUGUGUGUUGAAAAUUACGAAAUAAAUUAAAGUUUUUGUCAAAAAUCGAAACUUUGUGUGAUCGUAGAUCGCGAAUAUUUGUUGAUUUGAAAUCAAACUCAGUAGUUAAAUUACACAAAAAUGGCUUCGGUUUGUGGGCGUAUGGCUUUGCGUGCGGCGACACGUCAAAAUUUGCAAUACACUCCAGCGCGUUUCUGUAAAAUGAUGAACGACCCUAUGGAGCACGCUACCGGUAUUGAAAAGCGUGAACUUCUGGCCAAGGCCGCUGGUAACGAUAAUCCCUUCGACAUGAAAGUGUUCAAGCGUGGCGCUGGCACCAAAGACACUCCCAACCUGAUACCAUCAGCAUUCGAUGCCCGUAUUGUGGGUUGCAUCUGCGAAGAAGAUCAAACCUAUGUACAAUGGAUGUGGCUGCAAAAGGGCACACCAAAACGUUGCGAAUGCGGUCAUUGGUUCAAAUUGGUUGAAAAGGCUCCCGUUUAAAUCAAUUAAUUUAAUAAACUGCUAAUUUCAUUUUACUAAGCAAAAAGUAACCAAAUAAAUUCACAAAACCAACCACAAAACUCUAAAAUAAUAGUGAAAUAAAAACCGAGAGCUUCAUGCAAGAAUAUCAACGUUUGAAAGAGUUGCAAGCUAUGUUGGAUGCUGCUUUGCUAAAGCCAAAAAUCACCACUGGCAUAGAAUUACAUAAAUAAUAAAUGAAAUAUUAUUACAGUGUUCUGUAAUAUUUAAUGUUAACUGUAUGCGAUGAAUAGAACACAUACUGCAGUGUCGAAGACAAAAGCCUUGUUUGUUAUUAAUUUAUAUCGGUUUAUUUUUGCUUUCGGAAGGAUUUCUGUCGCAACAAUUUUUCUACUUUUUUCUUAAUUAUCCUUAGUGGUUUAGCGUCUUUUUUAUUGCCAUCAAUAAGAGUGAAGUCUUCAAUGCUAAACGAUAAUCGCACCAAUUAAUUAUCUCUGUAGUCGAGUUGUUUUUGAAAAAGUUUAAUAAAUACAUAUAAUUUUAUUAAUAAUUGAAUAGUUAA